UGGGAUUUGAACCAAUAAUCCGGAUUACGGUGUAUAUUUAAUUGGAGGCGUUACUGAUAGUUGAUUGGUUACGUCUGUUCACUUAAGCUGUCAGUCGCCCUAUGGCGUUUCUAAUUCGCUCGUAAUCCGGAGAAUAUUACAAAGUGACCACUAAAAUGUUUCGAAAAGAACUUUCUCCGACUAGCAGGAGCUGUCACAUUCAAGCCAGUGAUAUAAUCGGUAGGAUUCGCUUCUCAACCCUCAAUAUUCUAAAUACUUAGCUUCUGGUGAAAAGUUCGUGUGGGUUAGCAGAAAAUCUCUUCCAUGUAAAAUGGUUAAAACUGAUUUUAGUGUAUGGUCCUUUGUGAAACAAUGUAUUGGAAAGGAAUUAUCUAAAAUCACUAUGCCAAUCAUUCUUAAUGAACCGUUAAGUUUUCUACAACGUGUUGCUGAAUACAUGGAAUAUUCCGAAUUACUAGAUAAAGCAGUUGGGGAGAAAGAUCCUAUUAAACGUAUGGAGCUUGUAUCCGCAUUCGCUGUAUCUAGUAUGUCAUCGAAUGCUGGUCGUAUUGGUAAACCAUUCAAUCCAUUGUUAGGUGAAACUUACGAGUUACACUACAGGAAUUUUGUAUUCGUUGCAGAACAAGUAUCUCAUCAUCCACCAAUCACAGCUUUUCAUGUUGAAUCAGAUAAUUAUAGUCUACGUGCUACUCUACAAUUUAAAUUACGUUUUUGGGGUAAAUCAAUUGACGUUCAACCGAAAGGAUUAGUUACAUUACAAUUAUAUCAUUUUAAUGAAUCAUAUACAUGGCAAAAUGUCAAUUUAACAAUACAUAAUAUAUUGACUGGUAAAAUUUGGGUGGAACAUACUGGCACAUUACGUAUCACAAAUCAUUCGUUAGGAUUAUAUUGUCAGUUAGAAUUUCAUUCAUCUAAUUCGUUUGGACAUGGUUGUAAUCGUGUUACCGGUGAAUUAUAUGCUCCAUCAACAUUAGAUAAAAUGAAGGCAGUUUCAACCUCAUAUACAUCACAUAAUACUACUGUUAAUACUACUAUUAAUAUUCUCAGUAAAAAUAUAUUUGAUCAUCAUAGUAAUUCAUAUGUAUUAAAACGUAUAAUUUUUGGUAAUUGGUCUCGUGGUCUAUUCACCGUCGAACCGAAUGUUUGGAAUGAAAAGAAGGAAAUCAUUGAUCCAAAGAAAAACAGUAAUAACAAUGAUAAUGAUGAUGCUGAUGGACAAUCGACCAACAGCUCUGAAUGUAUUGAAUUAUUGGAUUAUGGAUUCGAAAUACCACUAACUGGGCAACGUUGUUUAUGGAUUGCUACACCGAAACCAAUUAAUUCAAAGGACUAUUAUGAUUUUACACAGUACACAAUGGGUUUAAAUGAAUUAACAAUCUGUAAAUCAACAAUAAGUAAUGAUGAUAUAACUGAAAGUCGAACAAAAUCAAGCGUGAUCAUGUCAAAUUGUACAAAUAACCAUAGGGAAUUUAUUCCAUGUAAAGAAAAUUCAAUAUUUGAACAGUUUCUUCCACCGACAGAUUCCAGAUAUCGUCCAGAUAUACGUUUAUUUGAAAUGGGUCUUAUCGACAAAGCAGCUGUUGAAAAAUUACGUUUAGAAGAGAAACAACGUUAUAAGCGUAAAUCAUUAAAUGGUCAACGAAAAAUCUCUAAUUUUAAUUGGCCAAUAUCAACUAAUCAUAAGUCGACUGGUAAAGAGUUAAAUCCUACUUCUACAGAUAUGAAUAACGCUACAGUGAAUAAUACAGCUAAACAAUUUUUUACAAAUAAUCCAUUUAAAAAAGCAUUUUCAUCGAAUUCAACUGGGCAUCGUUCUAUAUUAACUGAUGACAAUGUUAAGAAUUCGUAUAAUUCUUGCACUACCACUACUAUUACUACAUCGGAUAUAAGUAGUAAUCAAAUUAUUAGUCCAUUAUGGUUUAUUCCAUCAGUGAAUCCAUUUACUAAACAAGAAGAAUGGAGAAUGACCGGUGAUUAUUGGAAAAGAGAUUGGAGUAAAUGUCCAGAUUUAUAUUAAAAUUUUAAGUUAUUUCAAUUCUUACAACAUGGUUAUGAUGUAUAUACAUAUAUAUAUAUAUUUCAUACAUGAAGAGUGUAAACGUGAUAAUUUCUAUUCUCUGCUUAUUUAUAUCGAAAUCUCUAUUGUGGACAUGACUUUUAUUAAAAAAUUCAUAAACGCUUCAUUAUACAAUAUUGAUCAAUGUAAUAAUAUUAUUAAUGUUAAUUGCUUCUUUGAUUUUGCUAUGGAGUAUAAAAAUAUUUAGGUUUAUCAUUUCUCAUUUCUUUACACUUACAUAACAUUCUAUUCAUUAUUGAAUGACAAAUUUUUCUAUCCUUCAAUCCUUUACCUUUCUUAUGUGCAAAAUAUUUAGUAAAUCAUGCUUUGGAAUUCUUUCAUUCUAUUAUUUACAAGUUAAAUUACCCUCUCUUGCACGAACCCAUAUGCACGCACGCACGCACGCACGCAUGCAAAUGUUCACUUUUUUUUCUGUUUCAAUGUACUUUUUACAAAUGAAAUCAUGUGCAUUUCAACUAUUUUGUUUCUGAUAUUUUUAUGAUUGUUUUCUUAUUUACAAAUUUAUUCAUUUUUCUUUUCAUCUAGAUAAGAUCUUAUUAUUUCGUUGAUAGUAUCCAGGGAAAAAUUUAUUUUUUCUCCUAAGAAAUAAAAACAUAUUCAUUUUAAUGAAGAGCAAAUAAUUUCCAACUUGUUUAAAUGUAUGUUUAUGCUUCUUAAACAAAGUUUUGCUGAUGUUUUGCUCAUUAUUGUUAUUUUUGAUUAUUUUCAAAUUAUGCUGCUUAAUUAUUGAAAGGAAAAAAGAAAGUGUAAUAUGAAAUUGUUUAGUUGAACUUUUUCGUGUUUCAUCUAAAUAAGUAACAUAUGUUACAUCUACGACUUGCUUAUCAUAUCAUCAAUGUUAUUUUAAUAGUUGAGAUUAUGAGUCAAUUGAAGCUAGACCACCAU